AUGAUCAAUGUGGCUGAAUUGAAGAAGGACAAAUGUUUCAUAAAACUGAUCAAAAAAUUGCAAAAAGAUAUGGAUGAAUUGAAGAAACGUCACCAGAAGCAACGUGAUUCAAUUCAGAAACAGCAGCAAUCGAAUGUGGAGAAGUUGAUGUGUGAUAGUCAUAAACAGUCAAAGAAACGCACCGUGACUGGCACAGCAUCGAAUCAUUCUCGACAUCAAACGCUCUCGAACAGGCAGUCAGAUCCAUCGAAUAUAUCACCCAAUAUGGCCAACAGUCAUAAAAUGCGCUCCUUGGUAAUGACCCAAACAGACGAGUGGUCAGCGAUGGUUCGGAGGCAUGAAACGGAAUGCUAUGAAUUGCGACGUACACAUAUCAGGGAGGAGUUCGACCUUCUCAAUAAGCUGUUGCUAGAGGCUCAAAAGCAGCAAAUGAACGCACUGAAAUUGCGGUUAGAAACCGAGAACAAGGAACUGAAGCAGACACAAACCAAAAAGAGUAUGGACGAUGCACGUGCGAUUCAACAGGAUAAAAGUAUCAAAACGAAGGCCGAAAAGGAUAGACGAGUGAAAGAGAUGAACGAAAAAAACUUGAAGAUGUUUUUCGAGGAACGUAAAAGGCUGGCCAUCAAAUCGCAGAAGCAUGAAGAACAGUUAUCGAAGAGGCAUCAAGAGCAAUGUGAAGCGUUAGAAAAGGAUGCUGUAAAGGUAUGGCGCAUUAAUCGCGACAGUUAA